GUCUCUCGGAAAACCUUCUCCAUGCCUCGUAAAGCGCUUACUGGACCUUCGUCUCUAUCCCAACUCGUCUCCCACCUCCGAGCACCUCCAAGACUAGGCUUGCCUCAAAUAACGUCUCUUACCCUGACACUCGCGGCACGGAAUGACCACUUCGGAGCUCGACAUUUUUUAAAGGAGCAACUCCCUCGCAUCCGUUUCGCCAAUCCCGACCUCCCCGUUCACGUUCGCAAAUUCAACAAACACCCCGCCCAUGACUGGCGACCGGAAAUACAACUAUCAUUCAAGGAUGGAACGACACAGAGUCUUAGUCUGCACGGGAAGUGGUCAACGACAAUUGUGCGUCAACUCAUGGACCUUGGGGCUUCUCCAGCCUGGGUACGCUGGAAAGCGGAGGCAAGCCGAUCUGGGGCACCUCUUAUCCCUGGCAUGGAGAAUGAAAUGACAGUGGUGGAUGAGCGACCCGAGCCAGAAGUAAACUUCGAUGAAUGGCGUCUCAAAUAUACCAGGAAGGAGCGCAGGGAAAUGGAAGAAAAGUUGGCAAAUACGCACAAAGCCAAAGCGGCGUUGACUGCUGAAGAACAAGAGCAACGGAAAAUUCAGAGAAAAGCGGCGCGACAGCUUCGAUUUGACGCGGAUCGACUUGCAGAAGAGGAGGCAGAGCGUCAGGUCCAACUUGAGCUACAGUCCAAGCCACAAACGGGAGCAGCCGCGAUCUUACCGUAG